UAAACAUGUCUAACCCCAAAGUUUUCUUCGAUGUCGCUGUUGACGGCAAGCCCCUUGGUCGUAUCGUGAUGGAGUUGAGAGCCGAUGUUGCUCCCAGAACCGCCGAGAACUUCCGCGCUCUCUGCACUGGCGAGAAGGGCUUCGGUUACGAGGGAAGCAUCUUCCACCGCGUCAUCCCCGACUUCAUGCUCCAGGGUGGUGACUUCACCAAGCACAACGGUACUGGUGGUCGCUCCAUCUACGGUGAGAAGUUCGCUGAUGAGAACUUCAUCCUCAAGCACAACACCCCCGGACUCCUCUCCAUGGCCAACGCUGGUCCCAACACCAACGGUUCCCAGUUCUUCAUUACCACCGUCGUCACCCCCUGGUUGGAUGGCAAGCACGUUGUCUUUGGCUCCGUUGUCGAGGGUAUGAACAUCGUCAAGGAUAUCGAGAAGCUCGGUACCUCCAGCGGUCGCACCAAGGCAAAGGUUUCCAUCGAGAAGAGCGGUCAGCUUUAAAUGCUUCUACUUUUUUUUUACAAAAACCAAUCUUUAAUCAAAUAUUAAUAAAAAUUGAAAGUUGAAUCUUUCACUUUUUGUCACAAUUUACACAU